AUGGGGUGUACUGGCGAAAAUUCCAGAGAGGAUUUUGUUUCACAAUGUCAUGUUAAAACAAUUAUAUUAAAUAGAGUGAUUCGUGACUUAGCCGGUAUAAGUCACAGAUUGUCAGGAUAUAUAGUACGCAGUUCGAUCCCCUGCCACGGACCAUGAGUGUUUUUUUCAAAAUCGCAUGAAACUGGAUCAGUUCAAUCUGAUUCUUUUAGAUAUGUUCCAGGAGAAAUUAAAAUCCAGUGGAAUCUAAAAUUCUCCUAGUAGAAAUUAAAAUCAGCAUAUUCACAAACACAAAAACUCAGUUAUCGGGCUUUAGAAAUCGAAUUUCAGCUUUCUGAAAAGUGCGCGAUCUAUAUGGUCAUCAGAUGAAAAUUAUUAACACUGACUACUAGGUAUGUUACAAACCCAAACCCAAACCCAAGCGACUUGGGUGUAUUGGGUCCCCAAGUCUUGGACUUGGGUUUGGGUCAGUUGCCAAAGUACAUUAAUAUUCUUCUUCAAUAAAACUUACGAGGGAACAUAUUUAGGUGUUUAAGCCCUUUAGGUCCCAUCUUUUGGCGAUAGGUAGACCUCAAUGAGGUAUGAAAAACCUCAAGAGGAUUUAUCCCCUCGCGC